AUUGUAGCUUAGUCAUUGGUUGACGCAGUCCUGGCGCGGUAUUGUAAAGUUUACUGAGAGCUCAAAGCUAAAACAGCUACGUGGAUACUGAAGUCUUGAAUAUGUUUCUAUGACAUCAACCACGAUCGGUUGCAUAAAGGUUAGCUUAAACACUGCUACACAGUCAUAGACGUGCUCCGGUGAAAAUGAACUAAAGGUUUGUUUUGGUCGGUUUCGAGUUGAAGCUAAGCUAAAGGGAGGCGCGCUGGGUUGUCGUUUACUACCAGCUGGAAAAAAGUGCUAGCAGCACUGAGAGCUGAAUCGAGAUGAGUGUUUCACGGGAAAUUAAACAGCUGCAGAAAGCAAAGAGCAAAGCCCAGAGCAGCAACAACUUAAAGGAGGAAGCCAACAUCUGUAAUCAGCUAGGAGAGCUGCUGUCCAGGAGCGGUGAUUAUCAGGCUGCCAUUAGGGAGCACCAGCAGGAGUUGUCUCUCUCUGAAGUGCUAAAUGAUGUGAUUGGACGAGCUGUGGCCAAUCGUAAGAUAGGAGAGUGCUUUGCAGAGUUGGGCAACAUUGAGGCAGCUUUAAAACACCAGCGUCUUCACCUGGACCUGGCUCGAUCUGUCAGAGAUCAUGCUGAAGAGCAAAGGGCGCUGGCCACUAUCGGUCGGACCUACCUCUUCCGUUAUGAAACGGACCAAUCGAGGAAGAGCUUGGAGCAAGCAGAGGAGGCCUUCAGGAAGAGCUUGGGCAUUGUGGAUGACCGGCUGGAGGGGACUGUGCCACAGCGAGAGAUCAAUGAGAUGAAGGCGCGUCUCUUCCUCAAUCUGGGUCUGGUCUGUGAUCAUCUGGGCGAGCACAAACGCUGCAGCGAGUUCAUCCGGCGAAGUGUAUUUAUUGCCGAGAAGAGCCAGCUGCUGGAGGAUCUCUACCGUGCAAACUUUAACCUGGGCAACAUCUACUUCCGUAACGGUCAACGCUCUAAUUCGGUCCGCUGCUUAGAGCAGGCCAAAGAGUGCGCCCGGAAGAUUAAAGACAAAUUUAGUGAGAGCGAGUGCUUUCACUGCAUCGGCAAGGUGCAGCUGUCUCUGGGUGACUUUGUAGCAGCGCGACGAUCUCUGAAGCAAGCUGUCUUGCUGGGUUCCCAGCAGCCGCUGGACAGACAGACGGUGAAGAAAGCUUUCAAAUAUGCUGACCGAGGCUGUAAAUUAGAGGAAGAGCUGGGGGAAGAUCAGGGCAAAAAACCCAGCUCCCAUCAGGCUGUCGAGUUGGCAGAGCAGCUCGGGGAUCUCUGCUGUAAAGUUGGCUGCUACAGCAAAGCUCUGGAAGCUUAUCAAGCUCAGCUAAAGGGUGCUGAGGCGUUGGGAAAGCCUGCCAGGGAGCUGGCUGUCAUCCACGUGUCCCUGGCUGCCACCUACGCAGACCUGAAACAACACAGCAAGGCGGUGGAGCACUACAGAAAGGAGCUGGCGUUACGACAGGGCAGCUCUACAGAGGAGUGUAGCACGUGGCUAAACAUCGCAGCAGCUCAGGAGGAGAGCGGCUGUGCUUUGGAGGAUGUGGAGAGAAGCUACAAUACAGCUUUACGCUGCGCUCAGGAGUCUGGACAGGCCAGGCUGCAGAAGCGCGUGUUGAGGCUCUGGCUGGCGUCCCAGAGACGAAGCGGCUCAUCGGAUGCUGACGACACCGAGGCGAGGCUGCAGGAGCUGUGUGCUUCGGAGGGCUGGAAUCCAGAUGGGAGUGAUGGUGAGGAGGAAGAGGAGGAGGAAAUGGAGAACAGCGAACCGCUGGAUGACAGUGAUGUCAUCCUCUCAGACUCAGACGAUGAUCUGGAGGGUUAUGACAAGAUGGUGUCAGGGAGGAGGAAAACAGGACGGUGGAACAAGCGGAACGAGAAGGGAGAGACGUCUCUUCACAGAGCAUGCAUAGAUGGGAAUCUGAAGCAGGUCCAGUACCUGGUAGAACAGGGUCACCCAGUGAACCCCAGGGACUACUGUGGCUGGACUCCCCUCCAUGAAGCCUGCAACCAUGGUCACUAUGAUAUCGUGGCUCUGCUCUUGGAGCACGGCGCUAACGUUAACGACCCCGGUGGCCCUUUAUGCGAGGGUGUGACUCCUCUCCACGACGCCGUCGCAUGUGGCAAUUUAGAAGUCACAAGGCUCUUGGUGGAACGAGGGGCCUGUGUCACACUGCGCAACUCCAAGGGUGAAACUGCUUUGGACACCUUGCGUCAGUGGCAGAGGACCUACAGCAGGGAGCUGGAUCAUGAGACCAGGCAGAAGUGUAUUGCUACAGAGAGACUUCUGAGGAAGGCGCUAGCAGGAGGAGUGCCUGCAGCUCCGGCCCCGGCCAAGCCUUUUGAUGCCCUGCAGGACAGCCAGCUGUUUGAUGCGGAGAGUUCUGAGCCACUCUCGACCACUGGAGGGGGCUCUUUGUCCAGCCAAGACUGGCCGCGAAGCAGGAGCUCGGGGGUGAAAGCGUCAGGCGCCAGCCGCAAACAGCGGCAGACCAAUGGCUCAACACAGCGGCACAGAGCCAGGGGAACAGAAGCUGCUGUACUGUAUGGGAUUAACAGCAGCAGCUCAGAUGACAGCGAGCCUGACACCCCGGUUAGUCCUCUCCGUCCUGUCCGUCCUAGACAAGGUUUCCCAGCAGCUCAGAGUCAGAAAGAACCUCCUGCGAACAAAGAAGCUGCCUCAGUUCCCACCUCAGGACAGGAAGGCAUCAGGCAGGCCUCUACGCCGUCUGUGUUUGCCCGAGAAGAGUACCACAGUGCCAUCAGAGGCUUGGGCAGCGCCAAAACACUUCUCCAGGGUCUCUCGCAGCCUCAGCUCUCCAGCACACCUGCCGUUUCUUCCAGCAACAAAUCAGCUCUUGUUCCCGAGGACGAGUAUCUGGCUGAUGACUGGUUGGAAGACGAUUUGUUGGAGAUCCAGCCGAAGAAAAAGCGGAGGCUUCGAAUGGAGCAGAAUGGGCCGAGAGUAGAGGAAACUGCUUCGUCUUCUGCAGCUCGAAGUCAAAACAAGCAUUUAAACUCGGACACAACCUGCAGAGGAUCUGCAGUUUCCUCCCUCUCCAGUAGAGGCCUCUGUCAGAGAAAGAACAGCUUGGGGAAGCCUCACCAGGUCAAAAUGACUCAGAUACCAGGUGUGGCUAGAUUGGGGAGAAGAGAAGUCAACCGGUCACACAGUCCCACCGUUACAGAAGAUGAUGAUUCCAGAUCAGACACACCGCCCCCACCUCUCCUUAUCCAUGCUCAGCCUCCAACUCAAAUUUUGGCUGCUCCUAUGCCCACGUCACUUCCUCCACCAAUCAGAAUGAGGGUCCGGGUUCAGGAAGACGUCUUCCUGAUCCCAGUUCCACAAAGUGAGGCCAACUCCUGCUCUGUGUCGUGGCUGUGUGAGCAGGCAGCUCAGCGUUACUACCAGAAAUGUGGCCUCCUGCCUCGUCUCUCUCUGCAGAAAGAAGGCGCUCUGCUCUCCCCGCAGGACCAGCUACUGGCCGUCCUGCACACAACUGAAGAGGUUCUGGCUGAAGUUUGCUCGUGGGAUCUCCCUCCUCUC